CGCCAUCAACAGCGCCUGCCGACCGACGAGUGGCGUCGAGCAGACCACACCGCACGAGCUCUAUACAGACAUAUGUCGCCGUCCGCCCGCGAGCUCGCCUUCAGCGCUGCCGGCGCGCUCGCAGGGAUCGCGGCAAUGCUCGCCCUCCAGCGGGCCCUGCUCACUGGCUCACGGGCAGUCACGCUGGCAAUGCAGCAGUCGGAGGAGGAUCAGGGCGAGAUCACGCGCGGGAGGGCCAAGCACGACAUGACGCCGAGCCAGCUCGCGCGCCGGCAAGCGGCCGACCCGCUCAUCUCCCUCAUGCUCGACCUCCUCGACCGCCUCUCGCUCACAGAGGCGUGUGCCGUGGCGGAGGACCUGAUCGCCGAACACCUCGAGGCCGCACAGCGCGAAGACGCGCCACCCACCGAGCUGAGCACUCUCGCGCCGAGGCAACCGCUGCGUGUGCUCGUCUCGAACGAGUUUGGCCGGCUGUGGCAGCCGCUCCACCUCCGCGAGGCGCUGAUCGACUACGACAACGAGGCGCACGUCACCUGCCGCCAGUACGUGCCGGCGACCUUCCGCGAGUUGCGCAACAUCUGCAACCUCGCCCAGGCGCUCUGCAGCCGCGUCUUUGUGGUCGGCGGGCAGUGCAACUACCUUGCCCGCUGCCGCGCGGAGGGCGGCGUCGCCACCCUCUAUAUGGUGCCCCCCUCGGAGUGGAGGCUGCCGGAGAUGGAACGGUGGCGGCCGCAGCAGCUGCAGCGGCUGCUCGACGUGGCUCAGCGCGCCCUUCUCGACGGCGCCGCGCGGAUGCACAUGGCCGACAAGGUCAAGCUGGUGCGCAAGGAGCGCGCGGUCGGCGUGCUGUAUGAGGCGGAGAAGCACCGCACGGAGCUGCACCGCACGACCACGCUCAUGCUCGACGAGCUCGCCGUGCACGCGCGGCAGGCGGUGCGGGAGGAGCAGCGCACCAACGCCGCGCUGCGCAGCAUGCCCUUCUGCGCAUUCAACGGCGGACGGGACGUCUUUGUCGACGUCGGCUCAAAGGACCUCGGCAUCUUUGUCGACGUCGGCUCAAAGGACCUCGGCAUCGCCUCGCUGCAGCGCAUCGUCGGCGCGACGCCGCAGAGCACGCUGCACAUGGGCGACCAGUUCACCCAGACGGGCAACGACUUGCUCGCGCGGCGCGCGUGCGGGACGCUGUGGGUCGACUCGCCCGAGGAGACGGCGGUGCUGCUCCGGUACAUGCUCCGGAUGCGGGCGAAGGGUUAGGGGGCGAGCGGGGAGUUGGGCAAGAGUCGAGCCGCGGGGGCGCGUCCCACUCCCAGGCCUCCCGUCACUAGUCUGCGGCUCUGCCCGUCCCGUGUGCCUUGAGCUUGUGCAAAGCAUGUAAAGUUUCCGACGC